AUGACUUCCAUGCGUGCGAAUGACUUUUCUGAAGAGGAUGAUGUACCUCAGAAGGCCUUUUUCAAGAAUUUCAAGACUGGCAACGAGACUGGAAAAACACGUCCUUCCGACUCUAAGUCAACAGACACAAUCGUUGGCAUCGAAGAAGUUUCAGAGCAUGAUGACCCACCAACAUGGAAACCAAAGAUGCGUGAACGUAUGAUCAUGAUUACUAUGGCCAUUUCUUCCCUCGUCGUGGCCCUUGAUGCGACGAUUCUAGUUCCCGUCUUACCGACUCUUGCCGUCGAGCUCAACGGCUCAUCAGCACAAGCUUUCUGGACCGGCACUUCCUACUUGCUAGCACACAGUGUGCUUCAACCCACAAUAGCCAGUCUCUCAGAUAUCUUCGGUCGUCGUGAACUACUCAUUCCAUCCAUUCUCUUCUUCGCAGCAGGUUCAGUCGCUUGCGGUGCUGCACACGAUUUUACAGUCAUGCUUCUCGGUCGUGUCAUACAAGGUGUAGGUGGAGCUGGCAUCAUUGCAUUGUCCCAACUAUGCUUCGCCGACGUUGUACCACUACGAUUCCGGCCAAAAUAUUUCACUUUGGUACUUGGAGCUUGGGCCAUCGGUACUGUCACAGGUCCACUUAUUGGAGGUGUUUUAGUUGAAGAGGCUACCUGGAGAUGGUGCUUUUAUCUCAAUCUACCGAUCUGUGGCAUAGCACUGCCGAUGUCAUUCUUCCUGGGUCAACUCAGCCAGCCCAAGACCGACCUCAUCACCAAAAUCCGUUCUAUCGACUGGUCGGGAAACGCUCUCUUCAUUGCAAGCGUCACAUCUCUGCUCAUCGGCAUUUCGUGGGCAGGCAUUCAAUAUGCGUGGAACAGCUAUCAGACUGUUGUUCCACUUGUGCUGGGAGCUAUCGGCCUACUUGGAACGAUGGCCUUUGAAGCACGUGUCACACAGAAACCGUUCCUCAACAAGAAUAUCUUCAACAACAGAAGCGCGAUUGCCAGCUACCUCUGCGCUAUGUUCCAAGGUCUUGCUUUGUAUAUGGCAAUGUACUAUCUGGCUUUUUAUUUCACUGCAGCUCAACACUUCAGUCCUAUUCGCACUGGUCUCUCGAUCAUUCCAGCAACAGCAACGAUGUUACCUGCCAGCUCUAUCACCAAUGCUCUAAUCACCCGUUUCGGCUCAUAUCGUGCUUUCAUCUGGGUCGGUUUUGUGAUCAGCACAUUCGCAGGAGGUCUCUUCAUCAUGUGGACAGACCAGACAAAGACUCCGGUCUGGGCAGCUUGUCAAUGCAUUUAUGGUCUCGGAAUGGGAAUGGUUCUUUCAGCUGUCAAUGUCAGUAUUCAAGCUGCUGUGGAGCCUGAAUAUGCUGGCCAAGCAGCGGCGAUGUAUGCUUUCAUGCGCUCUAUUGGCAUGGCUCUCGGAGUCGCUAUUGGAGGCACGGUUUUCCAAAAUGUGAUGAAGGCCAAACUUCUUGCGCUGAACGUACCUCAUGCUGCGGAGAUAGCCAAAGAGUCCGAGGGCUAUAUCGAGAUACUCAAGAAGAUGUCAACUACUGGCGAAAUUGGCAUUCUGCGAGACAACAUCAUGGUUGGCUAUGUGCAUGGAUUCAAGGGCAUAUGGAUUACUAUGACAGCAUUAUGUGCUGCUGGUCUUAUUGCAAGUGUCUUCAUCAAGAAAGGAAGCUUGGACAAGAAGCUACAAAGCAGAUUUAGGGUCGCUACUUUUGCUUUAUCAUAG